GUGACAGUGUUGGUGGAGUUCCUCAUAAACAAUUGCUCAGAAAUAUUUGGGGAGGACAUUGCCUUCCCUGCCUGUGCCUUGGCUGAGGAGUCACCAGAGCACACAGACAGCUCCACAGAACACCUAUGUGCUGCUCAUCAGAAUGACUCUGCCUAUGACAGCCCAGAUCCUGAAGCUGAAGUCAGCCUCCGUACCUCUCCGAUGGUGCAGCCCAAAGGGAGGAGCACUAGUGUGAGCACAAGAUAUCCAACACACAUCUCUACCCCUUCACUGACUAAUUUCAGGAAUGACAUCAGCACAAUGGACAGGAGGUACUCAGAGCCAGACCUGUCCUUCCAGAACUGCCUUGAAGGCAGGAUAAGGAAACAGAAGCUAAACAGAAGUGAGGACAAUUUUCCGGUUAAACAGCUAGGGUUGGAGGCACUGGAGAAACGGCUUGCAAUCUUGCCUUCACAAUUAUCAACUGACUCUCUACCCAAAACAUCCUCCAGUUGCUCCCUGGAGAGCUCUGACAGCUCGGUCUUCACCAGCUCCCCAGUAGUUUCGCCCUCUAGUCCCAAAAAAACCUUUUUAAAUAGGCCCCAGUCCUUUUCCACCAAGGCCACUGAAGACUGCAGUAUGCCUAGCAGAGAGAUCAAAAAGCAUUCCAUGUCGUUCUCUUUUGCAAACCGCAGGAAAACACUAAUAAAAACCCAGAGUUGGGGACCUGGAAAAUACACGGGUUUUCAGAAAGACUGUUUCACAAAGAAAGAAGAUCAGUUCUCCUGCAGAGUUGUCCAAGAGAACAGCCCUGAUGAUGACAAACCAUUGCCUGUGGCCUAUCGGCAAAGGCCCCGUUUCAGGUCAGCUGAUGAAGUGUUCAGAGAGGUAGACCAGAGGCAUCCUGGAAGACCACCCUCUUACGAAGAGGCUACUAAAAACUGCCUAGCCACAGUUCAAACUAUGAGAUUAAAGAUGUCAAACCAGGAUGCUUUGCUGCCUCAUCCAUGCAGCAGCUGUGCACAGGACACAGCAUAUAUGGCUCUAAGGGAUCUACCGAGUGGCAGAGUUUCUGCAGCAAAGGAUUCUGACGUGGAAACUGAAACCCUCAGUGUCACUGUGGGAAUAAACUCCCGUGUGAGUUUACCUGUGACCCCAGGAGUCUACCGAUUGAGAGCCAUGUCUGAAUCUUGUCAAAAGAACAAACUUGAGUGUGUGGCUCGGAGGUGCAGCCAGCCAGUUUUUGAGAUAGACCAGAUCCAGUAUGCUAAGGAAUCCUAUGUUUAA